GUUAUGCUUGAUGUCCCCCCUUUUUUUACCGAUUGAAGCUGGACCCUAUUGCACACAAUUACUCGGAGAUCUUGGUGCUGAAGUGAUCAAAAUUGAGAAUCCUAAGGGUGGUGAUGAUACCCGCGCAUGGGGUCCUCCCUUUGCCAAGAACAUGGAUCCGUCUGACUCGACCCCUCCAGAGAGCGCUUAUUUCUUAGGUGUCAACCGGAACAAGAAAUCUAUUACAGUCAACAUCCGAUCAGUAGAAGGUCGACAGUUGAUUCACGAUCUUGUCAAGAAAGUAGAUAUCCUAGUGGAGAACUAUGUACCUGGAAAAUUGGAUGAAAUGGGAUUGGGUUAUCAAGAGUUAAGCAAGUUAAAUCCGAGACUUAUUUACACAUCCAUUACUGGAUAUGGCCAAACGGGGCCAUAUAGGACGAGACCAGGAUACGAUGUCAUGGUCGAGGCAGAAGGUGGAUUAAUGUAUAUCACAGGCGAGCAAGAUGGAACACCCGUGAAAGUAGGCGUUGCUGUGACAGACUUGACCACAGGACUUUACGCCCAUGGAGCCAUCAUGGCAGCGAUUAUCGCGCGUUACAGAACAGGACGUGGUCAGCAUAUCGACUGUUCACUAUUGGACUCUCAGGUCGUGACAUUGGCCAACAUUGCAAGCUCAUAUUUGAUCGCAGGACAAGAAGCCAAAAGAAUGGGUACGUCACAUCCCUCGAUUGUUCCCUAUCAAGUACUGCCAAGCAAGGACUCGCACAUUAUGAUUGGUGCUGGAAACGAUGGACAAUUCAAGAUCCUUUGUUCAAUCCUUGGCUUGGAACACCUGUGUGAGGAUCCCGCAUUCAAAGCGAACAAGGAUCGUGUCCGAAACCGUAGUGAUCUUAUCAAGAUUUUGACAGAAAGACUUCAAACGAAGAACAAUGACGAAUGGUUAAAGGCAUUUGAAGGUCGGGGAAUCCCUUUUGCACCUAUCAACAACAUUGCACAAACAUUUUCACAUCCACAGGUGAUUGCUAGAGAUAUGAUCCAAGAAGUUGAUCAUCCAAAGGCUGGCAAGAUCAAACUCACAGGACCAGCUGUUAAAUAUUCGGAGACCAAGCCAAAGAUUCGUACCCCACCUCCUCUUUUGGGUCAGCAUACAGAUGAAGUCCUUAGAGAUAUCCUAGAAUAUAACGAAGAUAGGAUUCAGGCCUUGAAGGAGAAAGGAGCUGUUUAGAUUGGUUAGACCGAGGAAGAAAAAACUGAGCUGAAUGAUCUUAAUGCAACCUCUAUAGAUUAAAACCAUUAAAGAGAUACAAAUAGAAAGAA